CUUGUCUCCUCAUCAUACUUCGCUCAUCCCUCUCCAAGGUUUCUUGAAACUCCACCGCCGCUUUCGGUAUCAUACCAGCAUUUAACUCUCCCAUCUCUAAAUCAUCUCAUCUCAUUUCACUUAACUCAUCUUCACAAUGGUAUUUAUGCGCUCUUUCUCCCGCCAACUUCGGCGACCUGCCACCUCUCUUCUCUCCAAGGGAGCCUUCGCGCCCGCGGCCAGCAGCCCAUUCCGGGCUGCUCCUCUGGCCAACUCGAUCGCUGGUGCACGUACGCUAACCGCCUCCGCGAAUCUACAGGGCAAGGUUCUUAUGGUCCUCUAUGACGGCGGUGAGCACGCCAAGCAGCAGCCCGGUCUUCUGGGUACCACUGAAAACGAGCUCGGCUUGAGAAAGUGGCUCGAGGAGCAGGGUCACACCCUGGUCACCACCUCCGACAAGGAGGGCGAGAACUCGACCUUUGACAAGGAGCUCGUCGACGCUGAAGUCAUCAUCACCACUCCCUUCCACCCCGGUUACCUCACUGCUGAGCGUCUGGCCAAGGCCAAGAACCUCAAGAUCGCCGUCACUGCUGGUGUCGGUUCCGACCACGUUGACCUGAACGCUGCCAACAAGACCAAUGGCGGUAUCACCGUCGCUGAGGUCACCGGCUGCAACGUCGUCUCCGUCGCUGAGCACGUUGUCAUGACCAUCCUGACCCUGGUUCGCAACUUUGUUCCCGCCCACGAGCAGAUCCGCCGCGGCGAGUGGGACGUUGCCGCUGUCGCUAAGAACGAGUUCGACCUCGAGGGCAAGGUCGUUGGUACCGUUGCCGUCGGCCGUAUCGGAGAGCGUGUCCUCCGCCGUCUCAAGCCCUUCGACUGCAAGGAGCUCCUCUACUACGACUACCAGCCCCUUUCCCCCGAGGUUGAGAAGGAGAUCGGCUGCCGCCGCGUCGACGACCUCGAGGAGAUGCUCGCUCAGUGCGAUGUUGUCACCAUCAACUGCCCCCUGCACGAGAAGACCCGCGGUCUGUUCAACAAGGAGCUCAUCUCCAAGAUGAAGAAGGGCUCUUGGCUCGUCAACACCGCUCGUGGUGCCAUCGUCGUCAAGGAGGAUGUCGCCGAGGCCGUCAAGUCUGGCCACCUCCGCGGAUACGGUGGUGACGUCUGGUUCCCCCAGCCCGCCCCCGCCGACCACCCUCUGCGCACCGUCCAGGGCCCCUGGGGCGGCGGCAACGCCAUGGUUCCUCACAUGUCCGGUACCUCCAUCGAUGCCCAGAUCCGUUACGCCAACGGUACCAAGGCCAUCCUCGAGAGCUACUUCUCCGGCCGCCACGACUACCGCCCCCAGGACCUCAUUGUCCACGGCGGUGACUAUGUUACCAAGGCCUACGGUCAGCGCAACAAGGCCUAAAUGGAAAACGAUGAUGAUGAGAUGCAUGGAUCGAUCUGUAUUCGGCCUAUUUCCUCCCGUUAUGAUUAGCUUAUGAUACCUGAAAUCAAAACUUUUUCUUACUGUUCAAACA